AUGCCAUUGUUGGACGUACAACGCCUUUGUCUACUGGGUCGAGUCAUCAGCCAGCGGACAAAGCGUAGAGUACCCAGUGGAGGCGGCGAUGGUGACGCCACCAAAGUGACUCGACUGGCCGAUGACCACACUGCCAAGCCAUCAAGGAAGACUGCAGACAUCCAAAAUACCAUCGUCUUGUUGUCAUUACCGGCAAACCAUCGACAAGAAGAACAACAACUGCCUGCAACAUUUCCCAUCACUUUGCCUUCCAAUCGAUAUCCAUAUCCAAUGCCCAAAGCCAAGCAACGCUCCUCCAAUCGACGUCCAUGGCGUGGAGAAGCCAAUGAAGGCAGUCUGCCUCCUCCAUUGCGCUCUCGCCUAGCUGAUCUCUUUGGCCAGAUUGAGCGUGAAUUUGAAAUUAUUUACAACGAAAAUGCAAUCUACCUUGCAGUAUUUACCCCCUACAUGGACAAUCCAUUCGAUGAAGGACCAAUCCAUUUGGUCUACACUAGUAUCGUGUCAAAAAAUAAAUCUGCAUCCAUUUUAGAGGAAGGAAUGACUGAUCGUUGA